AAGAGCUCAGCAUCUCAAAAACGUUUAAUGUACUUUAAUUUUUUUCAAUUCAACUUUAUAUCCACAGAGAGUGAAGAGUCGACCCCAUUUUCCAUUAGAACUUAGCAGUCUUUCGCUCCACUAGUUUUGGAUGAAUUUGACAACGAAUAUACUUCAACUGAUGAGAAAAAAAACAUUUAAAAAGUGCAAAAAAAGGAUGAGACCAUACAUGUAUUUCUGAAAUGCCAUGGAAUCAUCUUUGACCUCUGAAUUAUUGCAGUGUGCUAUAUGUUUGGGAGACCUAGAGAAUGCCCAUGCACUGCCAUGCCUUCACUCUUUCUGUGCUCUCUGCUUACAGAACCAUAUUUCAACAUCCCAAAAAAAAGUUUCUAAGUCUUUGAGGCUGAAGAGAUUUCCUUGUCCCACCUGCCGAGUAUGGAUCAAUUCCCCUGGAAGUGGCCUCUUUGAUUUUCCUAGAGAUUUUAGGGUGGUCAGAUUGAGAGACGUCUUAAAGGAAUGGAAGGACAAAGGAAACGGAAAGGAUGAACAUACUUGUUGCAUGUGUGAUAAAGACUUCGAAGAUCCUGUGGAUAACUUUUGUGCAGACUGUCAAAAAUAUCUGUGUACUCUCUGUUUCGCAGAACAUAAGACAACUUCAGUUUUAUCAAAUCAUGUUGUAUUUUCAGUAUCAUCUAUGCACACAGAAAAAGAAAAUUCUAAAUGUUCUAUGCAUUCAAAAGAGCCAAUCAAAUAUCAUUGUGAGACUUGCAACAUGGGAAUUUGUGUCAAGUGCAUCAUGGGAGAGCACAAAGACCAUGAUGUUAUGGACAAUGACAACAGCUGUAAAUUUAAGAGAGUUGAAUUGAGAAACUGUAUGUCUCAACUUAGAAAUCACUUAUCCCAUCUGAAUGAAGUCAUGUUUGAUUUGGCCAGUACAGAGGGUCAUGUCAAAAGUCAACAUGAACAAACCAACCUCCAAAUAAGGAAGCACUCCCACAAGGUGAUAAAUUAUGUCUACCAUGAACAAAGCAGACUGUUGAAUGAGGCAGACAAAGACUAUCAAGUAAAAUAUGAGUAUCUCAGCCAAAGGAGAGAAACAUGUAAAAUGCACAUCAACCAAUUUACUAAGCUACAGUCAAGAUUGGAGUCUCUUUUAAGGGUUCAAGACAUCAAUACAAUAUCUGAAAACUUCAAGUCCAUUGUAAAAGAUGUCCAGGACAUUGAAAUAAUGGAAAAAUACAGCAAAAAGUUAGCGGAAAUCCCCAAAUGUGCACAGUUUGUGUCUAAUGGUGUAGCACAUAUUGGUAAAAUUCUACCUGGAGAAAGAACUACAGAACUUAACUGUGGUGACCUACAUAAAAAAUACAGCCAUCUCAAUCAAGAUGGGUCCCCUGAACAUGAAAUCAAUGUUACUAGAAUGAAGAGUGAGGUGAAAAAUCUGACCAGUGCAAUCAAUGGAACAGUAAUCCAACCACAACGUACAGCAGAACAAAAACAAUGUCUUCCUAUGGCUACACUGCUCAGUCAGAUUGGGGGUAAUAGGUCCAAACACUCCCAACUUGGUCUUCCAUAUGGAAUUUCAUUCUCAUCAGAUGAAAAACUUGUAGUUGGUGAAAAUGGUAAUGAGAGAAUUCAAAUCUUUUCCAAAGAGGGACAGUCCCUGAAGGUCAUCCCUCUACCAGGAUGCUGCCCAAGGUCAUUAUGUUCAUCAAGCGAUCAAAUGAUUGUCUUCACUGAUGAAACUGAAAAAUGUCUCAAGAAAGUCAACCUUGAAACCUGUUUGGUGUCUUCCAUUACUGCAAGAUAUACUGAAAAUACAGUUUCAUUCCCAUUUGGAGUCGCUGCCCUGUCUGACGAGAGAUUUGUGAUCUCUGAUAUGAUUUACGAGACAGUAAGCAUAACGUCUUCUGCAGGAAUAAAAGAGAAACAGAUAGGAGGAGAUGAUUGUGGUGAUGGUUAUGAUAAUCCAUCCUACCUCGCCACAGAUAGUGAGGACAACAUCUUCAUUGCUGAUUCGGGUCACCACAAAAUCAAAGUGUACGACAAACAUGGAAGAUUUCUCUUCCAUUUUGGUGAUGAUGGAAUCAGAGAGGGACAAUUGCGGUAUCCAAAAGGGAUCGCUGUAGACAAAAAUGGACUGAUUUUUGUGGCAGAUGCUGGAAAUGACAGAGUGGUUGUGUUCUCAAGGCUGGGCUUCUUCCUGACAGUCUUGUCUGAUAGGAAUUCUGGGAUUGAACGACCUACUGGACUUGCCUACAGUCCUAGUGGACUACUUGCAGUUUCCAUGCCAGAUAAACAUGAGGUGUUUGUUUAUCAGCUUGAAGAUUCAAUUUCUAGUCAAUUCUAAUCUGAAUGACAAUUUUUAAUAAUUUCAUGUUAGUUAUCUUGGUGCUGGCACUUUUUAAAAUCAUUUCCUUCCAAGCACAAAAUAUCACAGUAGAAUUAUAGUAUUUUUACAAUUAAAUUAUUUAAAACUAGAACUGUCCAAAAGGGACAAAUACCCCCCGCUGGGUUUUUCAGAGGUGCCAAAUCACUAAUAUUUUAUGGAUC